GUGGUACAAAGCCUACAUGUGUUCCUGACAUCUGAUUGGUCCAAAUGUUCCCUGUGCUGCUACAAUACUGCACACACGUGACCUGCCUGUUUUCACCCACUUCCACGCGUGCACUUAAAAGACAGGCCGCAGCAACACACAAACACAGAUAUAUAUACACAAAUCCGGUCUCACACACCCACGCACACGUUUGCAGUUUGAUGUGCUGCAGGUGAGAGGACCGAGGCUCCGUGGGCGGGACGCGGAGCAUGGCGGCGGCCGCGAGCAGUAGCACAUCCACGGCCACGCUGCAUGGCAUCCAGCACGGCGCCAGCAUCGAGCAGACGCGGAAACGCAUCGACCCCAGACGGAGGCAAGCGGCGCUGUCCUUCCUCACCAACAUCUCCCUGGAUGGACGACCCGUGCAGGACGCCGCGGACCAACAGGAGGAAGCCGAGGAAGGCUCGCUGGAAGCCCGGACUAGACACAGCUUCCCGGCUGGGGCUGCUUCCCCUGCCCCGUGUGGAGCCAUCACAGCUACCACCACCGCCGCUCCUGCUGCAACCACUUCCACCGCACAGGCUGUCUCCUCGGGGAACCAGGCUCUCCUGGCGAGUAGCCGGACUAUCCCUUCGGCUCCUGCUGCCGCAGAAUCCGCCGAGGGCGACGCCUUCGCUCCGGCCGCUUUCAGCUCGCCUUUCCCGGCGCUUCCAGCCUCGGCCAGGGGGAGACUGCAAACCUACACUCAGGGAAUCGUACCAGCGGCGUACUCCAGACAAGGCUCCCAGAACUACUGCCUGGAGGGAGGCCAGAUAGCCAACUCUGCCAUAGAGCUGCAGCGAUCAAGGCGCCGACUCAUCUCCCAGCGCUCAUCAUUGGAAACCUUAGAGGACAUUGAGGAGAAUGCACCUCUGCGCAGGUGCCGAACCCUGUCAGGUUCUCCUCGACCAAAGAGCUUCAAGAAGGUCCACUUCAUUAAGAACAUGCGGCAACACGAUAUGCGUAACGGAAGGAUAGUCCUAAUCAGUGGCAGAAGAUCCUUCUAUAGUGUAUUUUCAGUGCUGCCCUAUCGAGAUUGUAGCCAAGCAGGGGAUGUAAAGAUGGAGGCGGGGCGCCAGCGACACCCGUCAGGAGGCGUCAGUGCCAAAGAGAUGGUGAUUGGGCUGGAGGGGGUGGAGCUAGGGGCUGAUGGGAAGACCGUGUCCUACACUCAGUUCUUGUACCCCACCAACGUGCUGGGCGGGCGCAGGAACACCAUCGACUCCACCUCGUCCUUCUCUCAGUCUCGUAACGCCAGCCACCGCAGCCUCAGUCUGGCCCGCGCCAACAGCAACCAGAGUAGCCUGGACACGGGGAACGAGAUGAGUGACUUUCGAGAGUACGACCCUAACCUUCUAGAUGACCCCCAGUGGCCUUGCGGGAAACACAAACGCGUGCUCAUCUUCCCUUCAUACAUGACGACGGUCAUCGAGUACGUUAAACCCUCUGACCUGAAGAAAGACAUGAACGAAACCUUCAAGGAGAAGUUCCCUCACAUCCGCCUGACGCUCAGCAAGAUCAGGAGCCUGAAGAGGGAAAUAAAGAAGUUGGCCCAGGAUGAGUGCGGCUACGAGGAGCCCACGGUGGCCAUGGCGUUCGUGUACUUCGAGAAACUGGUCCUUCAGGGAAAACUCAACAAGCAGAACCGUAAACUUUGCGCUGGAGCAUGCGUCCUCCUGGCGGCCAAGAUUGGCGGGGACCUCAAAAAGCACGAGGUCAAACUACUUAUAGACAAACUGGAGGAAAGGUUCCGAGUGAACCGCAGGGAGCUGAUCGCCUUUGAGUUCCCUGUGCUGGUGGCACUGGAGUUCAACUUGCACCUGCCGGAGCACGAGGUCAUGCCGCAUUACAGACGUCUGCUGCAGACCUCCUAGCGUUGGUGGGCUGUCAGGGGGACCGACGCCCCCUGAUUGCCUCCACUCGCCUCCUUGCAGUGUGCACAGUUGUCAUCUUUUACACCACGGUCAUUUUGUAUAUCUUAGACUUAAAAUUCUUGAGUUUUUAAAUCAUCAGUCUGCUUUGCUUUGUUGACUGCUUGUGACUCGGAGGGACUCGUCUUAUGUUCUUAAAAAGUGCACUUUUUCUGGAAAAUUAUAUGAUUUUUUAAAAUUUUUUUAACAGGAUCCGAAACUAAUCAUUUCCAUGGACCUUUUUUUCUGGUAUCCUUUUUCUUUUCUCUUUCCGUAGUGCUAUUCCAAUCACUUUAAGCAGUGUCCAAUCUCUGUGCUCUAUGUUAGAGUGUAUUGCUAGCACCUUAAGGUGCUGUAAGGGCGCUCAGGAUGGUUGCAAAAAUAGAAAAUAUUCAUAAAAAUAAGACUUAUUUGGCAUGUCUCUUCAUAUUAAAAGUACCGCCACACCAGGAGCUAACUUGUACAUACCACUCAAAAGUUUAGACACACUUUUUCCAUGCUAUUCACUGAUUAUUCAGUGUGUCCAGAUUUUUGCUAUUUCAUAUAUUUGCAUCUGCAAAAAAAAAAAAAAAAUCACCAAAUUGUAAAAAAUGGGAAUGUAGGUUUUUAAAGUGAACAAAAUAAAAUUGUUUAUGCUGGCAAGCCCAAAGAUUUAUAACACUAAAUAACAACUGCUGGGCAACAGUUAUUGCUUGUUUUGGAUUGUAAAUAAAU